AUGGGUAGCAACCUCAUCCUGAUAGCAGCAAUGUUGUUCAACUCAGCUUGGAUUUUCGUGGCAUUCUUGACCGGGCUUUCACAGGGACAAAAAUUCGGCCCUUCAUCAGAGGAAGGACCAAAGAUAGUACCUGUCUGUGGAAGCAGCGAGCAAUCUCCAUUUGGAAAAUUCGAUCCGGUUGCCAAAACCUACUGGCCAACGGACAACUAUGGAAGAAAAUCUAAGGGCAGUGGGACAUUCACCAAUUGUAAUUGCGACGGACGGAAUAAAUUAUAUUGCCCGGACAUCAAAGGAUCUUCUGUCCUCCACUGCUGUCCCAACUCCCAUUUUGACAAUAUCAAUUGUCCGCCAGCUUAUUAA